CUGUCUGUCUCUCUCUCUCUCUCUCUCUCUCUCUCUCUCUCUCUCUCUCUUUCUCUCUAUAUAUAUAUAUAACUCUGCUUCGAGCUUUGUAAGUCACACACAACAGUUCGCAGCAAACCAACACCAUGAAGCAAAAGGUGGUUAUUAAAGUCUCCAUGAAUGGACAGAAAUCUCGCUCCAAAGCCCUCAAGAAAGUAGUUGGUGUUCAAGGGGUAGAAGCAGCAGCUUUACAGGGGCAGGACAAGAUAGAGGUGACCGGAGAGAAGUAUGGAUGUCAUUGGGCUCACGACGUCGCUGAGGAAGAGCGUUGGUAUGUGGUAAGCGUGACCCCGGUUGGGGAAAAAAAGGAAGGAGGUAAGAAGGAUGACGGCGGCGGUAAGAAAAGUGAGACCCCAGUGCCUAUAGUUUGGCCUUACCCACCAUAUGUCACAAGUGUGCCCGAGUACUAUAUGUACCCAGUUAGGGAAUAUGACAACAAUUGUUCCAUCAUGUGAGUGUAAAGAACAGGAAAAUCAGGAGAAAAAAAAACAAAAGGUUUGAGAGCUUGGAGGUUUGAUUAUUCAGCUCUCUGUGUGGAACUGGAUUGAAGAAAUAAUGAAGGCAUAAUAUAACUACAUAGGCUGAUCAAGGGCUUGUUUGUCAAAGGACUUUUUUUGUACAUGUAAGAGAGGGAACAUGAUCUUAAGUUGAUCAUUUCCAGUGCUUGUAGCAGAUCCAAAAUAAAUAAAUAAAUGGAUUUCUAGUGCUUGUAGUACUUUGCUUUUAUGA